AUGCCUACAACAAAUGCUAGUAAAAAGAAGCCUUCUCCUAAAUGCAGUGGGGCAAAAAAGAGUGGAGGUUCUCCAAGAGUGAAACAAAGAGCGGAUUGGAAUCCAGCCCUAGAGAGGUCCCUUGUUGACAUUCUCCAUGAGUAUAAAGAUAGUGGCUAUAGAGGUGACAAUGGAUGGAACUCUGAAGGGUGGAACAAGAUGGUCAAGGAGUUCCAUCUGAUGAACAAGUAUGUUUCCUACACAAAGGCUCAGAUUCAAGAGAAAGAAGGUCAGUUGAAGAGAGACUACAAGAUGCUCAAAGCGGCAAAGCAACAGAGCGGGUCGAGCUGGAACGAGAAAAGGAAUAUGAUUGAAGGACCACCAGCUAUGUGGACAAAUCUCAUAGUGACAUUCCCUAAAAUUAAGAAGUUUAACAACAACAAGGCAACCUUUCCACUCUUUGAUGCUUUGGGAGAGCUUUAUGAUGGGCACUUGGCUGAAGGGAUUUACAAUGUCACUUCUCUUGAGACACCGCAAGAGGAAGAACCCCCUGAGCAACUUCAGCAUCCUGAAGAUGAGCCACAAGGCUUUGAUGACAAUGUGGUUUAUGAGGUAAAUGAUGAAGGUGGUGAUGGCACUGAAAGGAAUGAAGAGGGGCUUCAAGAAAUGGCUGAUACUCUGUCACGAGAUGAAAAAAAUGAUGCUCCAGCUAUUGAAAGAAGUGGACAACAAAGGCCUGCUGCAUCAAGAAACAAACAAGAAAAGGAACUAAAGAGACCUAGGAAGAAUGAAAACAUAGUAGGCAUGAUGGGGGCAUACCUAGAAAUGAGGACCAAGCAAGCCGAAGCUGAAGCUGCAGAUCGUGCAAAAGAAAUGGAGGAAAGAGAAAGGGAGACAAGAGAAAGGGAGGCAAGAGAAAGGGAUGCUGCUCAAGCUUCUGAUUUCUCGAUCAGAAGGUGCAUCUCAGUUCUGAACACAAUGGAAGUGACGAAAGAAGAAAAGGCAAAAGCAUAUGCAAUCUUUAUCAAGAGCAAAGAAAAUAGAGAGGCUUUCAUAUGUGCUUGUGAAGUAGAUCAAGAAUCGGCCUUGAUUUGGCUCGGAAGUGAGAUGGCUUAG